UCGAUCGACGAUGCCGGUUCUUCUGCCGCCGCUGUGCUUCGCCUUCACUGCCUUUACUGCCUCCACUCCGUCUGCACCGUCAGGCUCCGCUCGUCCUCUGGAAAAAUGGCCACGGCAGUGAAACUGAACACCGGCGCAUAUAUGCCCAUUGUUGGACUCGGCACAUGGAAGUCUGAGCCUGGUAAGGUGACCGAGGCAGUGAAAGCAGCCAUCGCAGCAGGUUACAGGCACAUCGAUGGAGCGUACAUCUACCACAACGAGACGGAGGUGGGAGAGGGAGUUCACGCCAAGAUCGAGGAGGGUGUGGUGAAGAGAGAGGAGCUUUUCAUAGUGAGCAAGCUGUGGUGCACUUUCCAUGAGAAAUCCCUGGUGAGAAAAGCCUGUGAGAAGACUCUCAGUGAUCUUAAAAUGGACUACCUAGACCUCUAUCUGGUGCACUGGCCCAUGGGUUUCAAGGCUGGUGGUGAAGACUUCCCCUUAGACAGCGCAGGAGAGACAAUCAGUGAUAACACUCACUUCCUGGAGACAUGGGAGGGGAUGGAGGAGCUGCUGGACGCUGGUUUGGUUAAAGCUAUUGGUGUCUCCAACUUCAACAAGGAGCAGAUCGAAGCCAUUCUCAACAAGCCAGGCCUCAAAUACAAGCCUGCCAACAACCAGGUGGAGUGCCACCCGUACCUCACCCAGGAGAAGCUGAUCAGCUACUGCCACUCUCAGGGCAUCUCAGUGACCGCCUACAGCCCCCUGGGCUCCCCUGACAGACCCUGGGCUAAACCAGAGGACCCAUCACUUCUGGAGGAUCCCAACAUUAAGGCCAUCGCAGAAAAGCACAAGAAAACAUCUGCUCAGGUCCUGAUCCGCUUCCAGGUCCAGAGAAACGUGAUCGUGAUCCCUAAGUCCAUCACGCCUCAGCGCAUUCAGGAGAAUUUCCAGGUGUUUGACUUUGAAUUAACUGAGGAGGAAAUGAAAACUAUAUCAGCAUUCAACAGGAACUGGAGAGCCUGCCCCAUGCAGUGGAGCACAAAGCACAAGGACUAUCCAUUCAAUGCUGAAUUCUGAGGAGAAACACAGAUGUUCCACAGGUUUACAGAGGGAGCUGAGGUUCGCUUCGCUGCCUUGACUAGUUGCUUUGGGGUGGUUUGCACUUUUAGUGUGGUGUUGGGGCAAACUUUUAUUUUUAUGCUACAUUGCUCAGAAAAAAACAGUCUUGUCUCCAUACAGUUUUACACAGACUCCAAAGACGUAUUUACACUCACGCUGGGUGGGUGAGAGUUUUGCACUAGUACAAGUUUUAGCAUCUUUUCCUUACAUGGUCUUUUCCCUUCUGUCAAUUUCAUUGCUUCAUUUCAUUGCUCUUUGUCUCAGUGUAGAGUAAAUUCUGCUGUUUUAAGUUACUGAAAGAAAUAAGCGUGCCAUAUUCAGUACAGAUUUUAUAUUUUUAACACGAGUAACAGUUCUGAGAGCAGAAGGAACAAGAGGAGUAAAUUCUCAGCCAAACUACACUCAGUAAUUAAGUCAGAAUAUAUUUUUGUAGAACAAAUGUGAUGCAUCCAGUGAUGUACGUCAAAACACUCCUCAUUUAACUUAAACCUAAAACCUCAUGUCUGUCAUAGCAUUUUCAUUCUCAUCACUUGGGCAGAGGUAUUACUGCCUCAGGAUACAUAUUUAAUUGCAAAAUCAUACACACUAUUGUCUCUACGAAAGACACAACAUAUUUCCUCAUAUUGGUGACAUGUGGCACUUCAUAAUCAUGUGUGUUAACCCUGUUAUGAAAUGAUCACUUUCACUUCCUGCAGCAGCUGUUUUUUUGUUUGUUUUUGUUUUUUGUGAAGCAUUACAAUAAAGUCCUGUGGGGGAAAAUAAAAAAAA